GGGGGGGUAAUGGUGGUGAAACAGGAAGCGGAGGCUUGGAGCCGUAAGGGUACAAACACCGCGCACCUCAUGGAUUAAAUCUCCCGGACCCCCGCCAGGGCUCCCCCUCUUCUCACACAGGUCGGUGCCCUCAACUUUUGGAACAUGGUGUCCCAGGACUGUUGCUGAUAAGAUCUGUGUGGCCUUCAUUUUUUGCCUUUGGUACUACACACAUUUUGAACUUAUACACAAUGCAGCUGGACAGUGCCUAAUGCUUGAAGUGCAUGGUGUCAUGGACGGGCAGAAUUAUCAGCAGAACCAUCAAACUGACGCCGCAAUGUAUGGUCUGCCACAUAUCCAAGCCCCGUUCUGCCCCCGUGGAACAGAGAAUCAACUGCUGCAUUCUAACUUUGAUCUCUGGAACCAUUUUGUAUGCCCCCCUUCAGCAUUUCCAUCCACUGCACCUCUACACGAUACCCGGCAGUUAUUUAGUUCACCAAGUGAAGCAUUUUCAGAUGCCUUAUCCAUUAAUGGUCAAAACUAUGAAGAGCCAAGUUUGGAACCGAUAAAUUUGUCUAUGUUCCAAUGUAGAAAUGGCGAACAAUUACAGGAUUCAAGUUAUUUCGAUGACAGUUCCCUUUUCUCCUCACCCGAAUCGCUGCAUGAUAUCGCGGAUACCGAGGAUUUUAAUCUAGAUGGUCUCACACCAAGUAUUUGGGACCCAAGAAUAGAUACCGACUGUGAGCUUUCCCUGGCAUUUCCAACUCAGUCAUUUUCAAAUCAUCUGCAAAUCAGCAAUGGCCCAACUCACCCGUUUCAGACGGUAAUACAUCUGGAAGAAGAAGAAGAAACUGAUGAUGAGGAGCCUGAAGAAUUGGGGCAUGCAGAAACAUACGCAGACUAUGUCCCUUCCAAAUCUAAAAUUGGAAUUAACCAUCCAGACAGAGUGGUUGAAACAAGUACAUUGUCUAGUGUGCCACCUCCAAACAUCAGAUAUACCCUUUGCCUUCCUCCAUUGACAAUUUCAAAUGGUUCAUUGUCUGCACUACAACUAGAGGCAAUCAUCUAUGCCUGUCAGCAACAUGAAAUACUGUUGGAAAAUAACCAUCGUGCAGGGUUUCUUAUUGGUGAUGGGGCUGGUGUUGGAAAGGGAAGAACAGUGGCCGGCAUCAUUCAUGAAAAUUACAGAAGGGACAGGAAGAAAUCAUUGUGGUUCAGUGUCUCCAAUGACUUGAAAUAUGAUGCAGAACGGGAUCUUCGAGAUAUUGCUGCAAACAUUCCAGUGCAUGCUCUCAACAAGAUAAAGUAUGGUGAUACAGCUACUUCAGAAGGUGUUUUGUUUGCAACCUACUCUGCACUGAUUGGUGAAAGUCAAGCUGGUGGUCAACAUAGAACAAGGCUAAAGCAGAUUCUCGAUUGGUGCGGAGAGCACUUUGAUGGCGUUAUUGUAUUUGAUGAAUGUCACAAGGCAAAAAACGUCUGUGUGAAUGGUAGUACCAAAUCGACAAAAACGGGUCUGGCUGUUCUGGAGCUUCAAAACAGACUUCCAUCUGCACGAGUUGUUUAUGCUAGUGCAACAGGUGCCUCAGAACCAAAGAACAUGGCUUAUAUGUGCCGUUUAGGGAUUUGGGGAGAAGGCACGCCGUUCCCUCAGUUUGAGGAUUUCCUUCGUGCUAUUGAAAAACGUGGUGUUGGAGCAAUGGAAAUUGUUGCUAUGGAUAUGAAAGUUAGCGGCAUGUAUAUUGCGCGGCAACUAAGUUUUGCUGGAGUAACAUUCAGAAUAGAAGAAAUACCUCUUGAUGAAAGUUUCAAACUUGUGUACAACAAAGCAGCUGUGCUGUGGGCUGAAGCAAUGAAUAUAUUUCAACAUGCAGCAGAAUUAAUUGGUUUGGAGUCCAGAAAAUCGCUCUGGGGACAAUUUUGGUCUGCACAUCAACGCUUCUUCAAGUAUUUAUGUAUUGCUGCCAAAGUUAGACGUUUAGUAGACAUCGGCAGACAAGAAAUGCAGAAAGGCAAGUGUGUUGUUAUAGGAUUGCAGUCCACAGGUGAAGCACGGACACGAGAAGUACUUGAUGAGAAAGAUGGUCAUCUUAGCCAAUUUGUAUCUGCUGCUGAAGGCGUCUUUAAGUCACUAAUUCGGAAGCACUUUCCUUCAACAAAGAGAAAGAAAGAAAAGGGAGCUGGGACGAAAAGGAAACGAAAACAACGAGCCCGGCACUCGAAACAAGUUCGAAAUGUUCAGGAUUGCAACUAUUUAAAUAGUGAUUUCAGCAGCUGUGAUUCUGAGGUUGAUACUGACAGUGAUUUAAACUCAUCACCUGCAUCUGCCAUAGAGAUAUCUGAAGAGGCUGAUGUCAUUGCUGUGGAUCUUCCCUUUAAUGGUUUUCUAUCUAUGGAAAAAGCAGCAACACUAGAAUUUGUGGAAAAACUGAAAGGGGAUCUGCUGGCAGAGGUUGAAAUACUCGGCAAAGAACUACCUCUAAAUACACUGGAUGAACUAAUUGACUUGUUCGGUGGUCCUGACUAUGUGGCUGAGAUGACUGGAAGAAAGGGUCGUGUUGUUCGCAAACCAGAUGGCUCAGUUUGUUACGAGUCCAGAGCAGAACAAAAUCUGACCAUUGACCACAUAAAUUUAAAGGAAAAGGAGCGAUUCAUGAAUGGGGAUAAGUUGGUGGCCAUCAUCUCAGAAGCAGCCAGUUCAGGAAUUUCACUGCAGGCUGACAAAAGAAUAAGGAACCAGCGGAGGAGAGUGCAUAUAACCCUGGAAUUGCCUUGGAGUGCAGACCGUGCGAUUCAACAGUUUGGUCGUACUCAUAGGUCAAAUCAAGUGUCAGCUCCAGAAUAUAUAUUCCUCAUCUCUGAACUUGCAGGAGAAAGGAGAUUUGCCUCCAUUGUUGCAAAACGCUUAGAGAGUCUGGGUGCUUUGACACAUGGUGAUCGGAGGGCAACAGAAUCCAGAGACCUCAGCAAAUAUAAUUUUGAUAAUAAGUAUGGAACCAGGGCAUUGGAUAAAGUUAUUAAAACCAUAUUAGGCCAGGUUGAGAAUAAAGUGCAACCACCAAAAGAUUAUGUUGGAGGCCUAAUUAAUUUUAUUGAAGACAUGAGGAUCGGAUUGAUGGCUGUGGGAAUAUUCUGCAAAGAAAACCGCUAUGGAUACGUAAAUGUGGAGAAAGACUGUAGCAUCACAAAAUUCCUGAAUCGAAUUCUCGGACUCGAGGUUCACAAGCAAAAUGCACUUUUUCAAUAUUUUACCGACACGUUUGAUUAUCUUAUUGAGAAGGACAAAAAAGAAGGAAAAUAUGACAUGGGAAUUCUAGAUCUAGCUCCAGGAGUGGAAGAGAUAUAUGAAGAACGGCAAGAAGUAUUCUUAACACCAGGGCAUCCACAGGAUGGGCAAGUGGUGCUCUAUAAGAUAAGUGUGGAUCGAGGCAUGCCCUGGGAAGAGGCGUAUCAGAAGUCACUCACCCUGACUGGAGACAAUGAUGGCUUUUACAUUUCACACAAGCUUAGAGGGAAUGAGCCUUUUGCACUUUUGGCUGAGCAAAUUACUGUGAAGAAUUAUGUGUUGUACAAACCAAAUAUUGGAAAACAAAUACAACCAGAAAGUUUUGAUAACUUGCGAAGGAAAUACAAACAAGUCAAACCAGAAGAGGCCAAAGAAUUUUGGGGAAACCUGUAUAAUUUUGCUUUCCAGAAAUGCAGUCAUGCAGCUUGGAAUGGGAAGUGUAAGAUCGUGCAACAGGGGAAGGAGUGUUUUCAAGGCAUGCGGCUGCGUCAUUACUACAUGUUGUGUGGAGCUUUAUUACGGGUUUGGAACAAAGUGGGAAACAUUAUGUCCGAAGUUACGAGUUCCAGUCACUUACAAAUUGUGCGUCUGAAAACCAAGGAGCAGAAAAAGCAAGUUGGAAUAAAGAUUCCUGAAGCCUGUGUCUUUAAUGUCGUUGAAGAGCUAAAGAAAAUGGAUUUUGCAGUAAAGAAAAAACAGGAGGAGAACCGACUGGCAAACCAGGUACUGCAGAUGUGUCAGAGCAACCCACCAGCCAGUUUACCUGUGGCACAAUCGUUUCACACCAAUGUUCAGAGUUUAUCAGAUACUUUUGACCCUGUCAGUGUUUUACAGGAGUUGUUAGGGUAUGAUUACGAUCAAUAUGGGGAACAAAUGCCAAGUCAAGAUCGACAAAGUGUUAUUCAGUUUGGGCCAGCUUCACAUAUCUGGGAAGCUGGCUGAAUAGCAAAAGGCUGGCAUGCUGCUAUGGUAAAGUGCCUGUCUCCAGUCAAAGUCCUACUUACCAUUUUGAUAUGCAGGCUGAAAGUUGACCAUGUCAUAGAUUUCCCCCUUCAGCGACACUGCCCGCACGUAAAGAUCACCACUGGGACAAAACUCUUCUUCAGUCGUGUGAGUUUUGAAGGUACAUCUCUUCAACCUUUGAAUCUUUGACAUGGCGUUAUUAAGAGCUGACAUCUUCGCCUCUCUUCUCCACUGCAUGUUGGUACCAGUGUUGUGAUCAACAGCACGCGUGUUGGAUUAACACGUGUGUAAGGGCUGAGUCCUCGGCAGGGAAUUUGCACAGUCAAAAGUCUACAAGAAGGGAAAAUUGUACAAAGCUAACAGGUAAUAGGAUUCAGUGGUUGAAAGUGUGUCCUAACUCAGCAAACGGAAAGCCAGCUUCCCCAGCACGCUCCAUGACACUUGGAAACCUGCUAGAAAAGCUGAAUUUCUGAGGAACAGUUCCAUUGUCUCUGCUGUCAAGUAACUGCUGUUCUGCGCACCUUUUACAUAACACGUUUCUAAGAGGCUUAACUAAGCACUUAACAGCAGUGCGAUUAGUGUAGUGAAUUAUUCCUGUAGUAUUAAUAUGUUUAACAAAGUGCAACGUUGCAGUGUACAACUAUAUGACUGUAAAUAUAAACUCCAUUAUCUUUUAAAAAGAUUGCAACAGGUUUUAUACCAUACCUAGUCUGGGAACCGCGGUGAUAUUUUUCAUAUCUCCACAUUUAUCAUAAAGAUUGUAAAUUUGUUUCUAAAUUAUAUAUUUUAAGCAUGUAAUAUAAAUAUAUGUUGUGGAAAUCAGCAAGACAUAUCUCCAGAGUCAUGGACUCUCCCUGACCUGCAGAUACUAGUCAUGCCGCCUGCUGACUCUGACAUGAACUCUUCGGCUGGAAAGGAACAACUAUGCAAUAGCUUACUGAAAGCGCUGGUUAAAGUUUUGUUAUUCGCUUACAUAUGUUCCCCUUGUAAUAUUCACACUGAUGCAUCAUUCUUUUGAAGACCCACUCCAAAUAAAUGGAAGUUUACAACCCUCAUAUUUACUUUUGGAAUUAGAAGGAUGAACUUGGGUUGUUUUCUCUGCAACUUACUUCCCCAUGUGGGAGAGAAAUAGUUAUCUGAUGAGAGAUGGCUUUCUAAUCGAAAGUACUUAAAGCAUAAUUGGAUUGACAAGGGUGUGAAUUCUGGCAGAAUGGGAAAUCUUUUAACUUGUUUUUAUUCCUCUUCAAAAUAAAGCGAGAUUUUAUGUUAUUUAAUUUACUUCCUUAAAUUUUACCUAUCACUUUAUUAUUUCUUUUAUCACACAGCUCUUGGCUGCACUAUCUUCUGAACUCUUUUGGUCAAAAAAUGCCAUAGAAAGUUCUUUGUUAUCUCUCUUUCCUCACUGGCAGUGCCACUAUAGAGCGUGUUUGAGUUCACAGACUCUAAGCUGGAAGAUUUAUAAAUAAAAUCUGUUGCUCAUGUUUUGAUGUUAGUAUUGGUAUUAUAAACCUACCAAUCCAUUUGGAGUGACCCAAAGAUUAGUUUUGUGAAAGUCAGGUAGAUUGCCACAUUUGAAGUUCCUUUCACUGUGCAGUCUUUCAGAACUGGGAGUAAUCAACAGGGGCUCGACACAUCUCAUUGCUUCAGUAAUUCUUCAGUUGACUUUAAUCUAACACAACACUUGCUCAGAUUCUGUAAAGUUAUCAUGAUCCACUGGGUAUAGAGUGGAAACAGAUAUACUCAGAAUUGUAGAUUUAAAUCAGUCUGACACAAUAUUAGCACCAUAGCUGCCUACAGUAUUUUGGUUAAACUGGCAUGCAUGAAGUACAAUAAGUAUAUAGUAAAAUCUUCAGGAUUACAAUAAAGCAAUGGAUCCAGUCCUAGCUGCCCAACUCAGUGCCUACAAAUAUAUCUUCUGCCCCCUUGAUUACUCCAGAGUUCUGAUGGAUGUAAAUUAAAGCAAAUAGAAACUUUCAAUGAAGCAUAUUAAGUGGAUCAUGGUAUUCGUGCUUAAGAAAGCCUGGGAAGUUGGGUGAGACCAGGACCAUCUAUGGAUAGAAUACACAGUGCAAUUAGUGACCUUUAACCGUGGAAAGCGACAACUGUGAACAGGUGCUUUCUGUUUGUCAGAAAGUUUCAUGUAACAGCCGUUGUGCCUCGGUGAACUAAAGAGCACCUCUAAUGGACGGUCAUGUGGCAGUGAUGUUGCUGUUGCUUGAUCAGGGAAAACAUUGGACAAGUUCAUUAGAGAAUGAAGCAUCAAACUUGAUAUGUUGCAUUUGUCUGCAGUUGAUACGAAGGUCCCUAUUAUUUGAUAUUUAAUGGAUCAAAAAUAGAUGAUAUAACAUUUUCUUUGACCUAUUUAAUCAAUUGUAAGCAUAAAGCCCAGAAGAUCAUUGUCGACAUCCUCGGAGCUUCAGUACUCUUUGAAGCUCGACAUUAGUUGGUCAAUAGCCCACAGGCUUGGUUCCAUUUGCUUUUUUGGCACACAGAAAGGAACAUCUAAUAGAGUUCAUGUGUAGGUGGCAGGGAGCAAGAUGAUGAAACGGGGAAGAUGUAUGUAAUGUUUUCUGACGAGAAGCAACCGACUAUAGAAGUUCCAUUAAGUAAUUGUUGACAAAUUUUUUAAAGAAUCAGGGACUGCUGUAAAGCAUAAAAACUGCUUAGAUCUGCCAUGAGAAAUUUUGGAUGCACUGCAAUAUGAGAAACUAGAGAAUCUUGUUAUAGUGCCCUUCUAUUACAACUUUCACCGAGUAUUUAACCAGGAUAAAAAACAUACCAAAGCAUUCACCUUCUAUUAAGUUACCUGCUAUAAAACCUCUUUGCCUCAGGAACUGAUCCAAUGGCCCUUUUCUAUCUUUUUUAUCAGGGUUGUCUGCAUGAAUUAAGAUUCAUGUUGCUUUUUGUUCGUUAAACAGUAGAUUUUGACUUUUUUACAUAAAUUAUUUUGUUAACCGAUAUGGUUCUAUUGAUUGUAGCUAUUGUAUAUGCUGUGGGUAUCUGUAAACAAUGCAAGCACUUUGCCUACUUACAAUUUACUGGGUUAUCUUUGUUUUCUAUUUGUAUUUAUAAAUGUAGGAAAUGAAGCAGUAUAUAUGUAAAAAAAAUUAUCAAAAUGUGCCUUAAACUAAUUAUUCUUAAUUUUCUACUUUCAAGGAAGGAAUAUAGUAGCAUGCUUUUGUUUUUAUGAUAAAUAAAAAAACUACAAUUAUCCUUUUUUACAAAUUGCAGUUCACUGUCUCCAAAUAUGUGCUUAUUGUUAGCAAUAAUUUUUCUGUAAUGUUUUAAGAGAAUGGUCUAUCAGAUAUAUAACAUUUGCUUUUCUAGUACCAAUACCUUGCCAAAUCCCACAAGACAGUUGCACUACACAUCUAUGUAACCAAAAUAAGCAUCCUCAAUUAAAAAAAAAAAAUGGUAUUACUGUAUAGCAUAAAAUAAAAUUUCUGUCAAGAUUU